AUGGCUGGACAUUCUCACAGAUCAUCUAUAAAAAAUGGUCACAAAGGGUUCAAGUCAAGACACUCGUCGAAAGGAGCUUUGAAGAGAAUUUACAAGGGCAAAGUCGAGAAGAAUUCUAAAAGCAGUAAUGGGUCCUCUGGGAAGCCGCAGUCAAAGCUUCAGCGGAAAAAUGCUGCCAGACAGCUGAGGCAACAGAAAAUAAUGGACACUGGGGAGAUGAGAAAACUAUUUGAAGGUUCCAGUGGUGCAGAUAAGAUUAUCACCAUAAUACCUUUGGCGAAUGACGUCGAUCCUCUCGACAUCUAUCGGAAAUUACUUGCGUCUGCAGAAGUAGAUGACGUGCUCGCGGAAUCGACCGAGGGACCAUUUGUCAAGAAUUUAUAUAUUAAGAAAUACAAAGGUAAUCUGAAAAUAGUCUCUCCGGAUAUGUCAAAUUUCCUUCAAAUUUUGGAUUGUGCAAAAGUUUCUGACUACGUGAUAUUUGGAUUGAGUGGAACCAGUGAAGUGGAUACGCAAGUUGGAGAACAGAUCAUCAGAGCACUGGAAUUGCAGGGUAUCGCAUCUUACAUGGGUGUUGUCUCCAACCUGUCAGAAGUCCAUCCCAAGGAAAAGUUUCAACUUGAUGUUAAAAAGUCUUUGGAAAGUUAUUUCAAGCAUUUCUUCCCCAACGAGGAUCGCGUGUACAACUUGGAAAAACUGUCGGAGUCAAGUAACGCACUAAGGGUACUCUGUCAAAAAUAUCCAAGAGAAGUUAAAUGGAGAGAUGAUAGAGGAUAUGUGGUGGCAGAUGAAAUAGAUUUUGUCGAAAGAGAUUUGGAAUACGGCGAACUAGUCGUUGAGGGUACUGUUCGUGGUAACGGGUUUCAUGCAAAUAGGCUGGUUCACAUACCAGAACUAGGCGAUUUUCAACUUACGAGAAUUGAAAAAUGCAAAUCAUCCGCAAGAAAAAGAAAACAGCAGCAUUCCUCAAAUGAAGACUUGAACUUGGAUUUGAAUCAUGUUUUUGAGUCCACUGAUAACAGAGAAACUUUGGAUGAUUAUGCCCCAACCGACUACGACGUGGGUGAGUGCUAUGAAGAUGAAGAAUUCGAAUACGAUAAUUUGAAAUCCGCAAGAUAUGACGGUCACGGGUUUUUACCAGGUGUCCAGCAGUCUAAAUCAGCUAGCACAGUUCCUAAGGGAACAUCGGAAUAUCAAGCCAAAUGGUAUUUAAAUGAUGUUGAAGAGGUCUCUGAAGGAGUGGUAGAUGACGAUUUCCAAGAUUUGCAAGAUUUGGACGAAGAUGAAGAAAUCGUGGACAGCAACGUAGACUUUGAUAGCAAUGGCGGUAGUGAAUUAAUGGAAGUAGAGGAAGACAUGUCGAUAGACGGUGAUCAGGAACCCAUGUUUGUUGAUUUAUCACCAGAGGAGGAAGAGAAUCAACUUAAUGCCUAUAGAGAUCUUGAGAAGGAGGAUCGCGAAUUUCCUGAUGAAAUUGAAUUAAAACCUAAUGAGUCGGCUAUUGAACGUUUAAAGAGAUACAGAGGUUUAAAGAAUCUAUACAACUGUAACUGGGAUGUGGAUGAAAAAGAUCCGCAUGCUCCAACAGAGUGGAAUCGUGUGUUGAGAAUAUCUAACUAUAAAAAUACCAGGGCAAAAAUUAUCAAAGAUACUAAGAAGGAAGCACAAGUUUCUGCCGGUGAUGUAAUAAGGUUAUAUAUUAAAUUUCCAAAGGUGCUAUUGUCGAAAAUAGUGGAUUGCAAACGAGUAAUGUUUGCUGUAUACGGUUUGCUCUUGCAUGAGCAUAAGAAUGCGGUAGUAAACUUUUCUUUACAGAGAUGGGAAGAAUUUGAUCAGCCUGUGCCAUCGAAAGAACCAUUAAUCGUGCAAUAUGGAGUAAGAAGAUACAAGAUAAACCCAAUUUUCUCGGCUGCAUCAAAUAGUCCGAAUAAUGUUCACAAAUACGAAAGGUUCUUACAUCCUGAUAGUAUAUCGGUCGCAACAUGUAUCGCCCCUGUGGAUUUUACUCAGUCACCAGCUAUUUUCUUCAAGCAAUCUCCAAAUGAUCCAAAGGGAAUAGAAUUAAUCGGUAGUGGGACAUUCUUAAACACAGAUUAUACAAGAAUACUGGCCAAAAGAGUUGUUCUUACCGGUUUCCCAUUUAGAUUCAAUAAGAAUGUGCUCACUGCCCGUUACAUGUUCUUUAACGCAGAGGAUGUCGAAUGGUUCAAAUCUAUACCGUUGUUUACACCAAAAGGAAGAUCAGGGUUUAUCAAAGAAGCACUUGGUACCCAUGGUUAUUUCAAGGCAACAUUCGAUGGUAAACUAUCGGCUGAGGAUGUCGUUGCGAUGUCUCUUUACAAACGUAUAUGGCCAAGGGCAUCUGAACGUUGGGUUUCGAACUAA